UCCACCCUGGGGGCCCAGCCCCUCCCGCCCCACACCCUCCCCCUCCACCACCUUCCUGGCCACCCAUUCGCCUCGGUCAGGGUGGCAGGAAGGGAGGUGCAGGGCACCGGCCAUGAAGAGCAGCCCCCACCCACCCAGAGCGGCUGCCGCCGAGCCCAGGGCUCCUUGCGCUCCGGCCAUGAGCCCCACCGUGCCCUGGAGCCCCAGCCCGGGGGCCACGUCCUGGGACUACUCGGGCUGGGGCGCCCUGGAGGAGCUGGAGCUGUGCCCGUCGGGGGACCUGCCCUACGCCUACGCCUACGUGCCCGCGCUCUACCUGGCCGCCUUCGCCGUGGGCCUGCCGGGCAACGCCUUCGUGCUGUGGCUGCUGGCCGGCCGGCGCGGGCCGCGGCGGCUCGUGGACACCUUCGUGCGGCACCUGGCGGCCGCCGAUCUGGGGCUGGUGCUCACGCUGCCGCUGUGGGCCGUGGCGGCGGCGCGCGGCGGGCGCUGGCCCUUCGGCGAGGGCCUCUGCAAGCUCAGCAGCUUCGCGCUGGCCGGCACGCGCUGCGCGGGCGCCCUGCUGCUGGCCGCCCUGAGCGUGGCGCGCGCCCUGGCUGUGGGCGCGCGGGCCCGGCGCUGUCCCCGCCGCGUGGGCGCCGUGUGCUGCGGCGCCUGGGUGCUGGCGCUGCUGGCCGGCCUGCCCUCGCUGGCGUCGCGGGGGCUGCAGCCCCUACCCGGCGGCCACGGCAGCCAGUGCGGCGACGAGUCCUCGGACGCCGUGCAAGGUCUGGGCCUGCUGGUGCUGCUGCUCACCUGCGCCCUGCCGCUGGCCGUCAGCGUCCUGUGCUACUGCCGCGUGUCGUGCCACCUGCGCCGGCCGCCCGCCCUGGGCCGCGCCCGCGCGCGCUCGCUGCGCAUCAUCUUCGCCGUGGAGGGCGCCUUCGUGGGCUCCUGGCUGCCGUUCGGCGCGCUGCGGGCCGUCUUCCACCUGGCGCGUCUCGGGGCGCUGCCGCUGCGCUGCCGCCUGCUGCUGGCGCUGCGCUGGGGCCUCACCCUCGCCACCUGCCUGGCCUUCGUCAACAGCUGCGCCAACCCGCUCAUCUACCUGCUGCUGGACCGCACCUUCCGCGCCCGCGCGCGGCUCUGGGCCUGCGGGCGCGCCGACCGCCUGGCGCGCACGGUCAGCUCGGCGUCCUCGCUCUCCAGGGACGACGGGCCCGCCUUCCGGGGGCUCAGCAGCGGUGCGGGGCGAGCCCGGACGGCGAGCAGGGCCGCGGCCUCCCUGUAGCUGCCCGGCCGGUGGAGGAGGCGCACGGAGGAGGCGCGGGCGGCGGUGCGCGUCCCGGACUCGCCUUCUCUCCAGGCCGCUCCA